CACAGAGUUUCCCACAUCUCGGUAAAGCCAAAAACCAGAAACAGCAGAAGAAGAAGAAGAACGUCGACGCUCUCUCUCAUUCCAAGAUACAGGGCUUGCAUGAGGAGUUACUCAAUUGAAUUUGGUAUGUUAUUGUGGUUGAAACUUGAGAGUCAUCAAGAAAUCGGAAUUGGGUUUUCAAAAUGGUUCAGAAACUUUCAAAUUUAUGCCAGGUAGAAACGAGGAGAUUGAUUUGGAUUAUAGGGCUGUUAUUUGCUCUGAUCUUAGCGUUCCAGUACUUUGAACUCCCCUAUGGUAGUUUUUCAUCUUUGACUUCCACUGGAAAGGUUCCGGUACAAGGGAAAAGUAGUCAGAAAAAUGGAGAUUCACUUUCUAGUGCUUCAAACUACACUGAUAGGCAUGUAAUUAAGGAGCCACUUAACGAUACAAGGACCUCUAGUAGUGCACCGGAAGGAAAUGGGGAUGCGGAUAACUCUGGCGGUGAGGAUUCUUCGUCGAGGAAUUUGGUGAAGCAAAAUAAAACUUUGGAGGGAGAAAAUGUAGAAAACGUAGAUGAUGGACUUGCACAAGAUGAGGAGGCAGAAGAACCUGAUCAGAGCUUCAAUGGAAAUGUCCAUGCCACAGGUAGUGAUAAUUCAACAAGCAAAAUUGAGAAGGAUGCUACUAAUCUUACAACUUCUGAUAAGGGCGAGAACUCGGAUUCUGGUCCUCCAUCACCCUCUCCUUCAACACCCUUGAUUGAUUCACCACCAUCUACAGCAGAGACAGUUUCACAUACAAAUGUUAGCACUCCUGCUACAUCUAGCAAGUCCGAUCCCUUUUUAGUGGAGAAAGAAAAGGCUACUUCUGAGAAAGAAAAAGAAGCUGAGGGAGUGCCAAGUGAUCUCAGCCACACUGAAAAAACUCCUCCAGUGACUGCAGUUCCUAAUACAAAUACUCGGCCUCAGAUGCCGGUGUUGGAUUUAUAUACUUUGUCCGACAUGAAUAAUUUAUUGCUUCAGAGUCGUGCCUCAUAUUAUUCAGUGAUACCGCGAUGGUCUUCAGCAGUAGACAAAGAAUUGCGAGAUGUAGCAUUGCAGAUUGAGAAUGCGCCUAUUGUACAGAACGAUCCAAAUCUUUAUGCCCCGCUUUAUAGGAAUAUUUCCAUAUUCAGAAGGAGCUAUGAGUUAAUGGAAAAGACUCUUCAAGUUUACAUUUACAGGGAAGGAGAGAGACCUAUUCUGCACACACCAAUUCUUAGGGGAUUAUAUGCUUCUGAAGGAUGGUUUAUGAAGCUGCUGGAAGCUAAUAAAAAAUUUGUUACCAAAAAUCCCCGGAAAGCCCACUUGUUCUACUUGCCUUUUAGCUCUCGAAUGUUAGAGGAAACCUUGUACGUACCCAAUUCGCACAAUCAUAAGGCUCUUAUACGAUAUUUGGAGAAGUACGUGGAUAUGAUUGCGGGAAAAUAUCCAUACUGGAACAGGACUGGAGGUGCAGAUCAUUUUCUUGUUGCUUGCCACGACUGGGCCCCUGCAGAGACAAGGCAUAUUAUGGCCACGUGCAUUAGAGCCCUUUGCAAUUCUGACGUCAAAGAAGGUUUUGUUUUUGGCAAAGAUGUGUCGCUUCCCGAAACUUAUAUUCACUUGCCUAAGAAUCCUCUCAGAGAUCUUGGAGGCAAACCUCUUAGAAAGAGGUCAACGCUCGCAUUCUUUGCUGGGAGUAUGCACGGUUAUCUCCGGCCUAUUCUGCUACAGCACUGGGAAAACAAAGAUCCGGACAUGAAAAUAUUUGGCAGAUUACCAAAGAGCAAGAACAACAGGAACUAUGUCAAUUUCAUGAAGACCAGCAAGUACUGCAUUUGUGCAAAAGGUUUUGAAGUCAACAGCCCGCGAGUGGUCGAGGCCAUAUUCUUCGAGUGUGUUCCUGUGAUCAUAUCCGACGACUUCGUGCCUCCUUUUUUUGAAAUUCUGAACUGGGAAUCCUUUGCAGUUUUUGUAUUAGAGAAGGAUAUUCCAAACUUGAAGAAAAUACUCCUUUCCAUACCAGAGAAGAGAUAUAGGCAGAUGCAGAUGAGGGUGAAAAAGGUACAAAAGCAUUUCCUGUGGCAUUCUAAGCCUGAGAAAUAUGACAUUUUUCACAUGAUACUUCACUCUGUUUGGUACAGUAGACUUCACCAAAUAAGACCCAUAUAACUGAGAGAUGAAUGUAUAUUGCAUUCUUGGUUGGUUUGGAAUGAUACCCUUGUGGAGAACCUCUUAGGUGAAUUAAGGGAAGGAGAUUUUGAAAAUUUUAGCACAUGAAUACUUAGUUAAAUUUUUUCAUUGUAUUGUACAUAUAAGGAUGUGAAGUGGUACAAAAGAGCUGUUUUGUUCUCUUCAUUUGUUUAGCAGC